UUUUCGUGGUUGAGUCACCCUUCUCCUACCUUACUUCUAAUCACAGUUUUCCUUUCAAUCACUUCCAUUCCAGUGGGGAAUACGGGAAUAGUUAGGCAGUUUUCAGGAGUCGGCUUUUGAACCAAAUUAUUGAAAAUGGCAUCGUGAAACUAGACAUUUUCCUGUUCCCUCACCCCUGUAAACCACCAGACUCACAGACAUGGAGGGUAAAGAAGAGAUCAGUGACACAGACAGUGGUAUCAUUCUCCACUCUGGCCCUGAUAGUCCUGCCACCAUUAUGAAGGACGUGACCACUCACACCAGGGCCGUCAAGCUCAAGCACCAGUCACUGGAAGACCGACUAGAGCUCUGCCUACUAGAGCUGAAGAAGCUUUGCAUCCGAGAGGCUGAGCUGACUGGUCGGCUGUCUGCAGACUACCCUUUGCUGCCUGGGGAGAAGCCACCUCAAAUCCGCCAACGAAUCGGAGCUGCCUUCAAACUAGAAGAGCAGAGCAUCCCACAGGGAGCAGUGAACUCUGAGCUGAACUCUGUGGAAGCUGAGCUAUCCCUGCAGUUGCAGAUACACAAAGCAGUCCAAAGACUGUGCUGUGAGGAACACCAGAGCAAGGCGGUGAAGAGAAGCCGGUUACAGCAGUGCAAGCGUGAGGAGAAGAAAGUCAAACAACUGCAGGACACAGCGUUUCAGCUGCGCCUACAGCAUGGGCGGUCUUCACCACGGCCAGACUGCACCAGCACACAGAGAGAUCAGGGCACUUCUGAUGAUAGCUCUCUGUCGGAUUCGGCAUUGCUCGACGAAGUAGAGGUGAUUAGUCAGUCAUCUCAACCAUCCGUGGAGCUCCCUCACCUAGGAGGACCAGCAGAUCCUCCCCAGCCUCCCCUUGACCCCUCACACCCCCCUGGGCCUAGCCCCCACGAGUCUCCCACUACUACUCCAACCCUGGAGGAGCUACAGUCUCUUUUCAACACCAGCCUGGAAUUGGAGCCCCCUCCCAUCGAGCACUCGCCCUGGACAGAGUCCAGUCUGGACCAGCCUUACCAGAAGACCAAGAAGAAGUCACACUCUGGUAGCAGAAAGUCAAGUAGUCCAGCCACGACCCCUGUGUUGCCUCCUGUGGACACCUGUUGUAGAGACACGGCCCUGACACUGCAGUUCUCCUCCCAUCUCAAACUGAGCUACACCCAGUCCAACAGCGCCCCAUCCACCCCGGAGAUGCACCUUCGCCGCCAGCUCUCUCUCAGACUUCCCAACAGUGAGCCUCCGUUGAACCUGGAUAAGGAUCGAGGACGUACCCGUGUUCCCAGGAGGCUACUAACGGAUUACGUGGUAACGUCUCCAGGCGAGUCCCCUGUCCUGAGGGCAGGCUACGGAAAUCCCAUAUACCAUUCCAGCUCUGAGACUGAGGACAGUAACUCUGAACACUCUGCCCCAUCCUACACCAGUUCACCAUGUCGUGAGAUGCCUUGUGACCUGCCCAGGCAGUCUCAGCUCACCUAUAAGUACCAACACUCCAGCCCCAAUGACAAUCAUCGACCAAUGGCCUACCCCCCAGGCCCCGGCUUCUACCAGAACCCCCAGCACCAGUCCAACCCCAGCUUCCACAGGGGUUACUAUGACGACAGGAUGGUCUACCCUUCAGAGAUGGACAUGACCAGGCUGUAUCAUGGCACCCCGCUCCCCUGUCACCCCAGCCAGUAUGAACACUGGUACGAGGAGGCCCCUUUGCACCCCCAGCGGGCUCUCAGGUCCCUGCCCCCUCACAUCAGACUGUCCCGCGCCCCUUCGCUCCGGGAGUACCCUCACCACCCAUCCAGAGGCCUCCCCCAGCAGGUGGUAAACGAAGAGCUCAAGUCGUGGCACCAGCGCAAACAGUUCAGACCUCGCUCCCUGGACAGACAGGGCGAGGCCAGGGUGAGGAGUGUACAGUCACCUCUCACCCAGCACAACAAGUACCAUGAACAGAGGGUAAGGUGUGGGAAUGUUCAUGCAUGAGAGGAAGACCCAGGUGCCACAUUCCUGUAUCGUUUUACUGUCUACCCUUCAGCGAUGAUUUAUAUUGCCAGCUGUUGAAAAAGCAUGGGCAGCUGUAGUACAGUACGGUACAGUACUGGAUCUAAUAUUUUGCAGCAGCAGUAGUAGUAGUAUCAGCAGUAGCAGCAAUUCUUAAUUUCAGGGGAUGGUCUGAUCACAGCAAGUAAAGGAGGUUUGAGAGACAUUCAGACAGCUGCAGUGUGGGAGUGAACAUACUGUACGUGUGGCCUUCCCAUCGUCAACCUCACCCCUGAAUCAUACAGUGUCACACUGAGUCACAUUGUGGGUCACUGUAGAGAAAAAUGACACACCCUUGUGGAUCAGCUGCUAAAACCUAAAAGCCAAGCUUUUUCAGACACUGGCUGUUUUGCACUCUUAUGACCUCGUUAUGGAGCUCUCAAUGGUGAGGUUAUACCACAGUGCUAUGUACUGCACUUCCUUUAACAUAUUUGUAUAUCCAACUUCCUGGUGUUGUGAGAACUGAGUAAUACAGCAGCUGAGCCCUUGGUGUCUGCUGUAGGGCAGUAUACUCACCCCUGGCCUUGAAGGGUUGCAGGGAACCACCAGUAAUAAUAAUAAUAUAAUAAUAAUAUAUGCCAUUUAGCAGACGCUUUUAUCCAAAGCGACUUACAGUCAUGUGUGCAUACAUUCUACGUAUGGGUGGUCCCGGGAAUCAAACCCACUACCCUGGCGUUACAAGCGCCAUGCUCUACCAACUGAGCUACAGAAGGACCAAACAUUUAUUACAAUGAUCUACUUUGUUGCCUUCUCUCCAUACUAUGAACCAAUAAUGUUAUUUCUUGUGAUAUUUAAAAGCCUUACUCUAUUAGUACUGACUUGAAAAAACAGACAUUGAAAUAAAUGUUCCCUAUUUUUGUCAUCCCAUCUGCAGGCUCCCCAGAGACGUGUCAUCCAGAGGGCAGCGGACGGGUCCCCAGUGCAGUGGUUUGUGGAUGACGACUCUGAGAUCAUCAGUCAGGUGUAGGACUAGUGAGAGGGCCCCAGUGCCACCCUCUCUGUGGAAAGCUCUGACCUCCCCAGGCCCACAGAGCCCUAUUUAUUCAUUAAUUUAUUACAUCACUGGACUUGGUGCUGAUAUGAGAUGAGAGAGAGCGAGAGACUGGGCAUAGUAUCAAAGAGGAUCUGAGGCUUUAUAUUAUUGACUUCAACAUGUUACCAGGGCAACACGAAAGUCAAAGGCACAAAGCAACAGACUACAACGUUCCCCUGGUGCCUCCCUUUUUUACUGUGAAAGAGCCGCUGUUUUGAACAUUCUUUCAUGGUUAGUUUGUUAGCUGUUUUUUUGUACGGAUCUAUUGAUGUGUUAAGUACUAUCGAAAAUGUUUCAAAAAUAUAUUUAGAUAUUGUUUUUCUGAAAGGAAAAAGUUUCUCUUUAGAAAUGAAUAAAUAAUUAAAUAAAGAUUUAUAAUGUUAA